AAUUCCGAGUGUUCUGCAGCCCCGAAUGGCGUCGUCUGAUUGGCCGAGAGCCUAUCAAUCAUGCCUUUAGCCGCACCCCUCCCCCCAUUCAACCACUCGCCUCUCUGUUCCAGUGUGUUUACUACACUGCCGAGCAUAAGGGAGACACUCGUCUUCACAUGCACUGAACCGACUGAGAAAAACAGUUUUUAGUUGUCUUUGUGAGAAAACCUCCAGGAGAUCAACAUGCCCAAGAGAAAGUCACAGGGAACGGAAGGAGGAGAAAAGGAGGAGCCCCAGAGGAGAUCAGCUCGGUUAUCGGCGAAACCGACCCCUCCCAAGCCAGAACCAAAGGUGAAGAAGGCAGCAAAGAAAGAAAAGGCUGUGAACGACAAGAAGGAGGACAAGAAAACCAAGAAGGCAAAGGAGAACGCUGAGGCAGAGGCCAACGAGGAGAACCACUCUGAGAACGGAGAGGCCAAGACCAAUGAGGUGGAGGCAGCCCCCGAGGAGGCCAAAGAGGAGGCCAAGUCCGAGUAGCACCACUGCCCAAGCGUCCUCCUUCUCUACGGCCACCCCCCCAGUCAGCUAGCCCUCUCCUCCCUGACCCCUCCCUUCAAGUCUCACAUGGUUUCCCUCCAAGGCGUAUUGUUAACAGAUGAAUAUUUUUAUCAAUGAUUUUAUAAGUAUCCGUACAGAUUUUUAGCACAAAAAGCAAAGCUGAUAACGGGGCGCCUUGCAGAUUUGCAGUGGUCAUAUCAGGUGUCUGCAAGCAGGAUAAACCACACUAAAAAUCUUUUUUAAAAUGGCAUUUCAUGAUUGUUGACGGCUUGUUUUGGUGUAGAAAGCGUGUCCCUGCCGGAUUGGCUAUGUCGUGAGUUGUGUAUUAGUGUUUUCUGUUUUUGUUUAUUUCUCUGCCCCACCCGCCUCCCUGCUCUUACCCCCCCUCCCCCUCCACAGAUUUCCUUCCCCUCGACAGUUUAGCCUUUUGCCCAUCUUUUAUUAACGGUUCAGCCAUCUUAAUGUGGGUAAUACUUUUAGACCUCUAAAUGUGCAGUGAGCUCCCCUUUUUGCUUUUGUUUCAUGAUUUUUUUUCACUUAAAUUGUGUUUUAAACAAAAAAAAAAGUGUGUUUAAGCGUGUUGUCCAUAAGAAAGAGGAAGACGAACAUGUGAAACAUUCCGGGAACAGCGAUAGCCUCCGACCCGUCUCCUAGACGACCCUGCGUGGAAAAAAGAAGAAAAAAAACCUCAGCUCCCUCUCCAUCCGGGCUGUCAUGUCGGCUUUUUCUAAAAACUCAAACUUUUUUUCUUUCUUUUAUUUUAUUUCUGAAAGAUUGGAUUUGGAAUUCUUCUCUGAUAAACGCAGGUGUCCGGUCCCUCUCUUAUGUUGUGAAAUUCUCUUAAUAAAAAGAAGUCCUGGGAAUUUUCCUCGAA